CCAGGGCAGCCCCGCUGGCCCGGAGCCCCGGCCCGGCUCGGAGAGGGUGUAGGGAGGGGGUGUGCGCGCUUUGAGCGGCGUGGGGGAUCCCGGGAGCGCCGGCCCGGAUCGGCCUCAGGGAUGCCCGAGCCCUGCGCGCCCGGGCGGGCAGCAGCGGCCUCGCAGCCACGCGGAAGAUGCGCAUCCCUCCGUCCCACGUCCCCCGCACCGGCGGCAAUCCCGGCUGGCCGGCGGCAAUCCCGGUUCCCCGCGGCGGGAGCACCCCCAGGGCGGGAAGGCGCACGCGGGACUCCCGGGGACACGCGCCCGCCGCCGCUUCCCUUCCCCCUCCCCCCGCGCGGCCCUCCCGAAUCCACGGGCCGAUCCAGCGCCCCAGGCCCCGCCGGGCCGCCUCGCCGCGGGCCAGCGGCGCCUACAGCAACCCCUCUCCCCCGGCGCGGCCGCCUUCCCCCGUCCUCCUCUCCAUAGCCCCUUCCUCCUCCUCCCUCACCACUUCCACCCGGGCCGCUUCUGGUCGUCCCCGUCCCGUGUGUAUGUCCCGCCUCCCCAAUCCCCUCGCCCGCGCUUCUCCCUCCACCUCCCUUCUCCUCCUGCCCAAAGCUCCAGAGCGAGCAGCCUUCCCCCCUCCAGCCAGUCCUUACUCGGGCGGUCGCUGCUCGGGCUCGGCCGCGGCGGCCAUUUUGAACUUCCGAACUCCUUCGCUGCCGCCGCCGCCGCCGCUGGGAGGGGGCGGGGGGAGACGCGGGGCCGGAAGUGAACCCCGCGCGCGGGGCCGGGAGCGCGGCGGAGGCUCCGCCCCUCACCCCGCCUGUGAGGGCGGCGGCGGGAAGGGGUCCGGCUGGGAAUCGGCGGGGUUGGAUGAGGUGAUUUGAGCAGUCAUUUAUGGCAUCAUUUUUCUCGUGCAGGACGCUCACUUCUUUGAGAUAGUCGUAAAAUCUGCAGGCAUCCCCAGGGCUGGAAUCUGAAUCUGGAUGGCGUUGCUCCCCAGACUGUAGAUAAGAUACUCGAAAUUGUGAUCUUACUGAUCGUGAUCAACAAACAAGAUUUUAACUCUUGUUUGUUGUCUUCUCACAGACUCACAUAUUCUGAGUUGGAAGGGAUCCACAAGGAUCCUCGAGUCCAGCUCUUAAGUAAAUGUCCAGUACAGGGAUUGCACCCACCACCUUGGUGUUACCAGCUCCAUGUUCUAACCAACUGCAACUCUGGAAAAUUAACAGAUUUAACUGCGAAUAUCCAUGUGUUCUGUCAAUGAACCCACACAUCACCAUGAGGACAUCACAACAUCCCAGCUGUAUGCUGCUCUGCUUGAGGAUUUUGAAGCCCAGAUUGCCUGGUCUGGUGGAAAUAUUUCUAGUGGAGAUACAUAGGUGCAAGCUCUGCCAUUUCACAAGUAGGAUCAAACAUAAGAUCAGGAAACCCCUGGCUCAAAUCUGUGAAAGUGACAUUGCAAAAAGUAAGAUCAGGACUGUGAAACUGAUAUGGCAUGUCGAAUUUCAGGCUGCCCUAAAAUGGACCAAGGUAAAAAUUAGCUUUGGAGAUGAAAAGAAUAAAAACAAAGAAAAUCUUGCAAAAAAUAGCUCUCUUGUUGCUUGUGUGUCAGAUGCCUUAAAAUAAGAGUCUUUGGUGUUAUGACAUGAACCCAAGCAUAAUCCACAUGCAUCUCACUCCUGUGAAAUGAACACCUUGUUUGGAGAAGUAGCAGCUUAUUUCCAGCUUGAGGAGCCCUGCAGUGCUGACUUCUCUUCCAUAUUCCAAGGGAAAGGACAGACAAACCCAGUCUAUGCCUCUUAGCAUCUGUCAUGUUUCCUGUGUUAGAACCCAGACAUUUGCUGUGGAAAUAAAAAACCCCUAAGGCUCAAUCAAGGUGUAAACAUCAUAGGAAAAUCAGUUGAAAAUCCAAUUGGAAGCUGGAUCUAAAUGCUCAACUCACCCUAUGGAAGAGGCUUGUGCCUUAAAGCUGAGUUCUGAGAGAAAACAGCAUUAGAGCCACAAGAUGCUGAGAAAAUCCAUUUAAAGGGUCAUGAUGUGGAUCAUGGCUUUAAAUGUGUUUAUUGUCACAUGACUGAGUAGAUCUUAAUGGAAAAUCAUUGAAAAUCACACAUGUGGAUAAAAGAAACCUUCCAGUGCUUCAUCUGUAAGAAUGCUUUUAUAUCACUUUAUAAAGUGCCUGGAAAGUGCACAGAAACAUCCCUCAGAGGAAACCUCAUCUCAGUGCACAUCUUCUGAAACUGAGCAGAUAAGCAAUUUUCAAGUAGCUUGCUUGGCAUUAUCAGGACAUGGUUAUGUGCCCACACAGUGAUUUUACCACUACUGCAACAAACCAUGGCUUUCAAUACAGCUAAGGAAUGGAUCAAGGUCUGCAAGCAUCUGUGCAAGCACAGGUAUUUUGAUUCCAAAAAUGAAACAAAAAACUUGUCGAGUGUUGAAAAGAAAACAAAAUCUCAAAAAAAAAGAAGAAAUUAAGAGAGCUCUCAAUACAGGUCAAAAGGCCAAGCACUCAUCUGUGUGGACCCUUCAGAGUUCCUGGCUUCAGCUCCCUCACAACAUCCUUACAUGUGUUGGUGGUAUCUUGACUAAACCAUGCUGGUGCACACUGAAUUGGAGAGUCAGGUGAUUUUUUUCAGUAUCUUACCUUGUGGGUCUGCAGAGUGCUGCCAGAAUAACUGGAUCCUCAAUAUUUAUUGAAUGGAAACCUUAAAUUCAGAGAAGUUGAUGUUACAGAUUGCUUUCUGAAGAGCUUGGACUUUCACACAGGCUGACAUCACGCUGGCGAUUAGGUGUUUGGCCGUAGUUUUUGCUGCUCUUCUUCCCCUGACAAGCAACUUCUUUGAGAAUACCUGAAGGAAUAUCACCUGAGUUCAGGAAUCUCAUUAACCUGUUUCCAGGCCAUCUUUACCCUCAAACCACUUCCUGUGGUACAUUAGGUUCCUUAACUUCCCCCAAGCAUUCCAGCAAAGGAGGAAGUUGUUGGUGUUGUCAGGCUUUCGUGCUGAAAGCCAGGGGUUAUAUGUAAGAAAAGAAGAAAUGGUUCUUCUGCAGCAAUUAAAAGCACUAAGAGUGGUCUUUCCAAAGUGCUUUGCAUGGGGUAUGGUACAGGUGGUAACUCCAAUGCUGAGAGGAUUCUGGGAUUUGUCCUGUCCAAAGGGUGAAUGUGUUGAUUUCUGUUCUGGUUACCUCUUGUUGAUACAUUCUGCUUACUUACAAAUCAAAAGCUUGACAUUUCAAGGCAGGAUCAGUUGAAAUGUGUCAAAGCUGACAGUGAACCUUACAAGUGGUUUCUUCUUUUCAUCUUUCAUUUUCAAUACAGUCUCUAUAUAGAACAGUAAAUGAUUCAGGAAAAUGUACUGAUGCUGUAGCAUUCGAUGGAGUAAACAAAAUUCACUGAAUCUCUCCAUGGUUACUUUUUAUAACAAAAUGAGUAUAUUAUCAUAAGCUUUUCCAAUGUUGAAAUAAAAAUAUAAACUAUUGAAAUAUGAUAUCAA